UAGGGUCGCGCUGAGUGGGAACUGACUCCACGGCACCUACAACAACAACUACUGGACGAUGGGUCAAAAAGAAAGAGGCGGCGGGAAGAAGGGUAGAUCUGCACUGCCCGCGAACCUGCAAAACUGAGCUGGAAACCUCGGGGUCAGGAACCCCUCGGGUCUAGAUCUCUGCCUCCCCUUAUAGGAGAGAAUGCUAAACUCAUUAGCUAUUGGUUGACAUUCCUAAGUAAACUUGAACUUACUAACGAUAAAGCUUAGUCACUAAGUCUAGUGACCUGGCCCCUCUGGUCCUGAGUGGCCAAAAGCUCCCAGGACAAUGACAGGCAAAUAUAAUUGUUUUCUGACUUUUCCUUCCUUUAUAAUGACUACUGCGUAGUAUUUCCUAAAAUGUGUUUCAUGGUGUAUGCGGCUCUGCAGGACACUGAUGAGUAUUUACGGGUGGACUUAAUGCAAACUAAUUGACCACAGUUCUUUCUCACAGAAGAAUUUCAGGGGCACCUUUCCAGUUGUCUGAGAGCUAUCCUAAUGGUUUCUGCCAUCUUGUUAUCCCUUUAAAUUUGUCUCAGUCUAAGGCAGCAGGUUUCACAAUGGUUUGAGACUCAUUAAUGAAUUGUGAAAUCACCUUACUGAGUUACAGCUAGAAUUUUUUGUCCUAAACUUUUCAUUUUAAGAUAAAUGUAGAUUCACAUGCAUUUGUAAGAAAUGACAGAGAAUGAGCCUGUGUACCCUUCACCAGUUUCUCCCAGUGGUUACAUCUUGCAUAACUAGUACAAUACCACAACCAGGAAAUGGACAUGGACACAACCCCUACCUUGUUCAGAGUUCACCAGGUUUAUAGGCACUUGUUUGUGUGUGUGUUAUGUAUUUCUAUGCAUUUUUACCACCUGUAGCUUCGUGUGACCAGCAUUUUUUUUUAAUCGAAUAGUAUAGACUAAUCAGAGUCAUCACACCUGCUAAGGGACAGUGCUGAAUUAGAAAUGUGUUUCAGCUGUAUACACACAUCUUGCUUGGAUUAUAAAAAUGCAUGAUUACUAUGGGUCACAGUCAAGAAGUUUGAAAGCCAGAGGUCUUUCAGUUAUCCGGACUUCAUUUAAAUGUGCUUUUAGAGAGCUCAGGGGGCUCUGAUUUCCCACCCUAAUUUGGUUUCUUUGCUUCAUGCAGUUCUCCGAAGGUGGCCAUCGUGCUUGUUGUAAGCAGUCACCUGUGUGAAGCUUAAUUCAAGGUGGAGUAUCAGUGAACACAGAUGUGUAACUUACAUAAAAUGAGUUGUUGAGGGGGUAAAAAUUUUAAUCGUGAAGACAGUUGCAUGUCCAUCCCCUCAACAGUGCCCUGGGAGUGCUGUCGCCUCAGUGAGGCUGACCUUGUGGCCUCAAGUAGGGGGAGGUCUUCACCAUGCUGAGUCUGCCUGGUGGUUUCCUGGUCUUUCAUAUCGCUUAGAUGGCUGAUCUAUUCCAAUGCUGGAAGAAAACCUGAACUAGAUAUCUCGAGAGAUGGUGACAUAAUCUGUUCUGUACCCUAUGGACCAUUUAAGGAGUUUUUGAAGAGUAAUUAUGACAAGAAGUUUUUUUUUUUUACUUUCUUGCUGACUUUAUAACCUAACUCCUUAGUAAGUUGGAACUCCACUGUGAUCUCUCGCCAAUAAUGGGAAUCAAAUUUCUGAAAAGUAGAUGGUAAAAUGAAGGUUGCUUAGAAAAUAUGGAGUUAGGAGAGAAAGAGGCAUUAAAUAUUAAUUUUUUACAGCAAUAAAUACUAAGGAAGUAUCUAAUUCUAAAAGAAAACUAUUUGUCGGCAUUAAAAACCGAUGUUGGUGAAAACCCCUCUCCAUACUCACUCCUCCCUCUUGUUUCCAGGACACACUAAGCAUUAGCGUGGAUCUAGUCUCAAAGGCCCUUAUUCCCCUUUGUGUGCAAAGAGGGCCACUGUCACGUCAGCCAAGGCCCAUAGGACUGUGGGAGGAGGGUCAUUUCAUGAGGAGAGUCAACACUGAGGUGAUGGGAGCUGGGAAAAAAGUGAUCUAGUCUGAAUUACUGGUAAUUGGCUCACAUGCCCCUAAGAGUUCAUGCAUGGGAAGUGUGGUGUCCUUGGGUAUGGGCUGUGGAGGCAUAAAACAAUGUUUUGGAGAUAGACCUGGGUUUGAAUCCAGGUUCCACCACUUAAUAGCUGUGUGACUGAACCAGUUUAUCAGUCUACUUCACAAAAGGAAAAGAGAAAAGGUAAGUGUCUAUCACAUCAUGGGCAGUUAUUAAGACUUAAUCUUAGUUCUUUUCCUAGACACUCAAGGGGAUCAUAAGGAGCAGCACUGCUGAGGAAGCAAAACAACAUAAGCCAAGCAUCAUGUUGCUAUUCUGUGUUGGGGGUUUCCAAGGCUGUAAAUCUUGAGGGAAGUGACUGCCACAUCUUCCUCCUGUGGAGUGGCUGCACUCGCCAGCCGGGAAGCCAGACACUACCUGAAGCCCUGCAGGGUUGGCGGCGGCCACUUCUGACCCUCAGAGGAAAGCCUGGGCUGGGUGAGCUUUACCUGCCCCCCGCAGCCAUGCACUCUGGCUGCUUCUCCAGGCCUCCCCUCUCCCAAGGCCCAAGAUGACACCCAACAGCACCGGGGAGGUGCCCAGUCCCAUUCCCAUGGGGACCCUGGGGCUCUCCCUGGCCCUGGCAAGCCUCAUCGUUGCUGCCAACCUGCUCCUGGCCCUGGGCAUUGCCCGGGACCGCCGCCUGCGCAGCCCACCUGCCGGCUGCUUCUUCCUGAGCCUGCUGCUGGCCGGGCUGCUCACGGGGCUGGCACUGCCCAUGUUGCCAGGGCUGUGGAGCCAGAGCCACCACGGGUACUGGCCUUGCAUCCUCCUCUACCUGGCCCCCAACUUCUCCUUCCUCUCCCUGCUUGCCAACCUCCUGCUGGUGCACGGGGAGCGUUACAUGGCAGUGCUGCGGCCCCUCCGGCCCCAAGGGAACAUCCGGCUGGCCCUGCUCCUCACCUGGGCUGGGCCACUGCUCUUUGCUAGCCUGCCCGCUCUGGGGUGGAACCACUGGACCCCUGGGGCUAACUGCAGCUCCCAGGCUAUCUUUCCAGCCCCCUACCUCUACCUUGAAGUCUAUGGGAUCCUGCUGCCUGCCGUGGGUGCUGCUGCCCUGCUCGCUGCCCGCGUGUUGGCCAUUGCCCACCGCCAGCUGCAGGACAUCCGCCGGCUGGAGCGGGCAGUGUGCCGCGGUGAACCCUCGGCCCUGGCCCGGACCCUCACCUGGAGGCAGGCAAGGGCACAGGCAGGAACCACACUGCUCUUUGGGCUGUGCUGGGGGCCGUAUGUGGCCACCCAGCUGCUCUCGGUCCUGGCCUAUGAGCAGCGCCCCCCACUGGGGCCUGGAACUCUGUUGUCCCUCAUCUCACUGGGCAGUGCCAGUGCAGCAGCCGUGCCUGUGGCCAUGGGGCUGGGUGAUCACCGUUACACAGCCCCCUGGCGGGCAGCCGCCCAAAGGUGGCUGCCGGGGUUGCGGGGAAGAGCCUCGCAGGGCAGUCCUGGCCCCAGCACUGCCUACCACACCAGCAGCCAAAGCAGCAUCGGCUUGGACUUGAACUAGAGGAAGGGAAAGGCCUCUGCUGACUGCUACUAGAAACAUCCAUGAAUCUUGGCCACCGAGCCAGCCUGUCUUGUGUCCCCACUCCUGGAUCAGUGCCCCAUAUGUGGCCCCACCCUGGCUGAAUAAAGCUCUCUGGCUCAGUUUAUAGUUCUCUCACUCCACUCAGAAAGGGAGAGGCCAGCAAACAACGACAGAAAGAACUCAAAGAACAAGCCAUGUGCAUCAAGG